GGCAUACCAACAGAGGCGCUGGUGAAGGAAUCCAUUUCUCGAAUGCCCAUUGAAGAGAGUAGUCCUGAGAAAGGCAGAGAAGCAGCUGCAUCCAAAGGCCAUGUUAUUUAUGAAGGAAAAAGUGGACAUAUCUUAUCCUAUGAUAAUAUUAAGAAUGCCCGAGAGGGGACUAGGAGUCCAAGAACAGCUCAUGAAAUCAGUUUAAAAAGAAGCUAUGAAUCAGUGGAAGGAAAUAUAAAGCAAGGAAUGUCAAUGAGGGAGUCUCCUGUAUCAGCACGGUUAGAGGGGCUGAUGCGCCGAGCAUUACCCAGGGGGAGCCCUCAUUCUGACCUCAAAGAGAGACCUGUGCUGUCUGGCUCCAUAAUGCAAGGCACACCAAGAGCAACAACUGAAAGCUUUGAAGAUGGCCUUAAAUAUCCCAAACAAAUUAAAAGGGAAAGUCCUCCCAUAAGAGCAUUUGAAGGAGCCAUUACCAAAGGCAAACCAUAUGAUGGCAUCACCACCAUCAAGGAGAUGGGGCGUUCCAUUCACGAGAUCCCACGGCAAGAUAUUUUAACUCAGGAGAGCCGGAAGACUCCAGAAGUAGUCCAGAGCAGGAGGCCCAUAAUUGAAGGUUCCAUUUCCCAGGGCACACCAAUAAAGUUUGACAGCAACUCAGGUCAAUCUGCCAUCAAACACAAUGUCAAAUCUUUGAUCACGGGGCCUAGUAAACUACCCCGCGGAAUGCCUCCAUUGGAGAUUGUGCCAGAGAACAUAAAAGUGGUGGAAUGGGCAAAAUACGAAGACGUAAAGACAGGCGAGCCAGUGCGUUCCCGGCACACAUCCGUGGUGAGCUCGGGCCCCUCCGUUCUCAGGUCCACACUUCACGAAGCUCCCAAAGCACAGCUGAGCCCGGGCAUUUAUGACGACACCAGUGCUUGGAGGACUCCCGUGAGUUACCAGAACACCAUGUCCAGAGGCUCACCCAUGAUGAGCAGAGCUUCCGAUGUUACAAUUUCUUCUAGCAAGUCUACCAAUCAUAAAAGGAAAUCCACACUGACUCCUACCCAAAGGGAAAGUAUACCAGCGAAGUCUCCGGUGCCUGGGGUGGACCCUGUUGUGAGCCACAGCACAUUUGACCCCCAUCACAGGGGCAGCACCACAGGAGAGGUCUACCGGAGCCAUCUGCCCACUCAUUUGGAUCCAGCCAUGCCGUUUCACAGGGCUCUGGACCCUGCAGCUGCUGCUUACCUGUUUCAGAGACAGCUUUCACCAACUCCAGGCUACCCAAGUCAGUAUCAGCUGUAUGCAAUGGAGAAUACACGACAGACAAUCUUAAAUGAUUACAUUACCUCACAGCAGAUGCAGGUGAACUUGCGCCCUGAUGUAGCCAGAGGACUCUUCCCCAAGAACAUUCCAACAAGAGGAAUCAUUGACCUGACCAAUAUGCCUCCAGCAAUUUUAGUGCCUCACCCCGGGGGAACAAGCACUCCUCCCAUGGACAGAAUCACAUAUAUUCCUGGUACACAGAUUACUUUCCCUCCCAGGCCGUACAACCCUGCGUCUAUGUCUCCUGGACACCCAACACACCUUGCUGCAGCCGCAAGUGCUGAGUGGGAGCGGGAACGAGACGAGAGGGAGAGGGAGAAAGAGCGAGAAUGGGAACAAGAGCGGGAGCGCAUCGCCGCAGCCUCCUCCGACCUCUACCUGCGUCCAGGCUCAGAGCAGCCCGACCGACCGGCCGACAGUCACGGAUACGCUCGCUCCCCGUCUCCAUCAGUAAGAGCUCAGGAGACCAUGUUGCAGCAGAGACCCAGUGUUUUCCAGGGAACCAAUGGAACCAGCGUAAUCACACCUUUGGACCCAACUGCUCAGCUACGAAUCAUGCCACUGCCCGCUGGGGGCCCUUCCAUAAGCCAAGGCCUGCCAGCCUCCCGCUACAACACUGCUGCGGACGCCCUGGCUGCUCUUGUGGAUGCUGCAGCUUCUGCACCCCAGAUGGAUGUGUCCAAAACAAAAGAGAGUAAGCAUGAAGCUGCCAGGUUAGAAGACAGUUUGAGAAGCAGGUCAGCAGCAGUUAGUGAGCAGCAGCAGCUAGAGCAGAAAAGCCUGGAGGUGGAGAAGAGAUCUGUUCAGUGUCUGUACACUUCUUCAGCCUUUCCAAGUGGCAAGCCCCAGCCUCACUCUUCAGUAGUUUAUUCCGAGGCUGGGAAAGAUAAAGGGCCUCCUCCAAAGUCCAGAUAUGAGGAAGAGCUCAGGACCAGAGGGAAGACCACCACUACUGCAGCUAACUUCAUAGACGUGAUCAUCACCCGGCAAAUUGCCUCGGACAAGGAUGCAAGGGAACGUGGCUCUCAAGCUUCAGACUCUUCCAGUAGCUUGUCUUCUCACAGGUAUGAAACAACUAGCGAUGCUAUUGAGGUCAUAAGUCCUGCCAGCUCACCUGCACCGCCCCAGGAAAAACUGCAGGCCUAUCAGACAGAGAUUGUUAAGGCAAAUCAAGCCGAAAACGAUCCAGGCAGACAGUAUGAAGGACCAUUACAUCACUAUCGACCACAGCAGGAGUCACCAUCUGUCAAAUUUCCUAUCUUAUUAAACUAUUAA